AUGACUCCAGUUUUCUCACAGGGACCUGCGCAGGUUGGUUUGACUACCCCUGGGGAGUGGGACUGCCAGUUAAUGUAUACCCUAGUAGUCUGGCAAGGGGUGAGCCCCCAUUUGGGUAAUUCUCUGAGUGCUGCCUAACGGAACCUGUUAAAGCAGUUCCGAAUUCCUGGGUGAACCCCAGCGUUAGAGAGUCUGCUUUUUUCCACGCCACUGGGCGACAAAUAUUAUAAGGCCUGUCUACAUCCCUGCCACAAGGUGCCUUCAACCCUCAUACCUGUGCCUGUUAGUGCCCAAAUCAUGGAGGACACACAGAACCUGAUUGACCUUCAAACCAUGAUCAACGCAGUUGCUGCGUCCUGGAGAAGGCAAUGGCGAAGGUGUUACCAACGGCCUCUGAACCUAUCAAGCCGGUUGGCAAUCAUUCCCACACCAGGGAGGACUCAGAUGAGUCAGAUGAUUCCAAGGAGAGACAACGCCCAGGGAAAUGCCACGAAACGGGCGAGGAGUCCAAAAUGCCGCUAA